CAACCCUAUUACUUUCAGUUCUCUCCCACUUCAUCUUCUGGAAAUAAAAUUAGAAGUGGAUUGGAAAUAAAUAGCAAAGGCCAUAUAGCCACCUCUGGAAUGCCAUAUACAGUAGUGGUCAUCUCCCAUUUUGAAAAGUACAUCACAGUGCUAGAAGAGACUGAAAAAGGCAGCCAAAGCAACUGCCGGGUUAGAGUGCUUUUUCCAUAAAUAAAAGCUAAAGAGUUUGGAGUUGUUUUGGCCAUAGAAGUUUUUCAAAUUAUUAAUGGUAUAUGACCAUUCAUGCUGCUUCUUGGCUAUGGCCAAUACAUCAAUAAACAUUAUGUGUGAUAUGAAAUAAAUGAAUUACAGAUCAGUUUCAUUAGAUUCUAAAAUUUUUGCCAUAAAUGACCAUUAUCUGCUUUUUAAGAAAGGUAGGAAUAUCUACUAUUUCAACAAAAAUAUUGAAUUUUAAAAGAAACCAAAAACUACUUUGAACAUGACGGGAGAAAAUACCUAGGGAUUUCUGAAAGAGUGAUGUGUCAGAACGGUAAUGCACCCUUUGGCAAGGGUCAAUAACACUGGUGUUAGUGAUCCAUGCAAAAUUGCUCUCGUGCUGUAAAAUUUAAUUUCCUCAUUACAUGGUGGGUGGAAGAAUAUGAUGCAUUUUGUGUGGAUAACAUGAAUGAAGAAAGCUUUAUAAAGCAGGAGUGUUAAGAACCUGGACCAAGCUGAAUUCAGCCUCCUUCCAUAAUCCCAUCAACAAAGAAGAAACCAUGGCCUUCUCUGGCAAAUAUGAAGUGGAAAGCGAAGAAAACUAUGAUAGUUUUAUGCACCGCAUUGGGAUUCCUGCUGAUACAAUUGAAAAAGGAAGGAAUUUCAAGAUUGUGACUGAAGUAAUACAGAAUGGAGAUGAAUUCAUCUGGUCCCAGAUUUAUCCUGGCGGGAAGUCUAUGACUAAUAAAUUUGUCAUUGGCAAGGAGUCCGAAAUUGAGACACUGGGUGGAAAAAAAUUCAAGGCAACUGUUAAAAUGGAAGGCGGAAAAGUGGUUGCUGACUUCCCUAAUUAUCAUCACACUGCAGAGAUUGCUGGGGGCAAACUUGUAGAGAUUUCUACAGUUGGUGAUGUAACUUUCAAGAGAAUCAGCAAGAAGCUGGCAUAAGAAGACACUGGCGAAGAGAUAACUCAAUCCUUAGGCUUACAAGAAAAUGCAAAAUAAAAAGGGACAUAAAGUACCUCA